AUGAAUGUAGAACAAUCCGAAUUAGCAGAAGCUAAAUGUUCAGAUUAUAUUCACGAAGGCAAAGUAAAGAUAUAUGCUUUGAAUAAUGAAGUAUUCUAUAACUCUGCUCAAAUCUUUAAUAGAGACCUGUCUUUGAUAGUAAUUAAAGCUUUUUCAAUAAAAAGAAGUCAGGAUCGAAUAAAACAACUAAGUGAAAAGAAAUUAGAUACAUCCGGGAAUUUAAACAAAUCAUUAAGAAUUGAAAGCCAUACUAUUAAAGAUGAAGACUUGACAAAGAAAGUAGAAUCACAAGAAAAGUUAACAAUAAUAGAACCACUUGGAGCUUCAGGCCUUAGAUCUUUACGUUAUAUUAUUGAGCUUGCAGAUGAAGUUGAUUUUGUAGUAUGUGGAGAUCAUGAUCCAAUUGCAAUUAAACAAAUGGAAAGGAAUGUAAGCUUAAAUGGAGUUGAUACAAAUAAACUUGUUUGUAUCUGUGCUGAUGCUACACGUUUGCUGUCAUUAGGAAAUCCAAAAUUUAUACGCGAAUUUACUUCAAUGAUUAAUAAAUCUAUAAUCUCUGGAAGCUCAUCUUGGCAUUCUAAUUUAUUGAAUAAUAUUUUAAAACCAAACUCAACUCUUAAGUACUCUGUUGUUGAUAUAGAUCCAUAUGGAACAUGUAGCCCUUUUAUAGAAAGUGCAAUAAGUGCUUGUGAAAAUGGAGGGAUGGUAUGUUUUACAUCUACAGAUAUGCCAGUAUUAUGUGGAAAUAUGCCAGAGGUAACAUUUUAUCGUUAUGGAGGCAAUGCAUUGAAAAGCAGCUACAUGCAUGAAAUGUCACUUAGACUUUUACUAAAUGCCAUUAUGUCUUGUGCUGCCAAAUAUCAGAAGGGAGUAAUACCUCUAAUUAGUUGUAGUGUCGAUUUUUACGUUAGAAUUUUUGUUCAAAUUGUCCACAGCCCUAUAAUUUGUAAACAAUUAGCUCAGAAAACGUCAAUAGUUCUCCAGUGUACUAACUGUCCUUCUUUUCAUGUAAUUCCUUUUGGGAAGAGUCAACCCAAAAAAAAAAGAAGACACAAUAUAUCUAUAGAUGGUGGUAAUAAUGAAGAACUUAAAGAUGAAAUAUCUAUAAGUCCUAACGUGAGUAGUCAGUUAAAGUAUAAACCAAAUAAUUUAAAAGUCCCAGUAAGCUCCACAAUUAAUAGUACUCCUAUAUUAGAAGAGAAUUCACUAUGUUGUGAAUGUGGUUCUGGUCACUAUGUUAUUGGAGGACCCUUCUACAGUGGUCCUUUGUUUGAUCCAGACUUUUUAAAUAAAUUAUUGAUAAUAUGCAGUGAUAUUCAAGAGAAAAAAAUAUCAUCUUUACAAAAUAUUACAAUGCUAAAAAAAAUUAAAGGUUUACUUCUUUCUAUGAAAGAUGAGCUCUCAGAUAGUCCAUUACAUUAUCAUAUACCAUCUAUGUGUACAUUUUUGAAUCUCGAAAUGAUGAAACCUUCACUUUUCCAUUCUGCACUUCGACAUUUGGGCUAUAUAUCUUCUCACUUCCAUCGUGAUCCUUUAUCAUUAAAAACGAAUGCCCCUAAUCAGGUUGUCAUGGAUAUUCUUAGAACAUGGGCUUUGGAGCAUCCUCCAAAAAACAGUCAAUAUCACAAAUUCCUUCAAAAACCAAUUUCUACAUUAAAUAUUAAGUUUGAAAUUCACCCAUGUAUACUGUUGGCAUCUAAAGUUGGUCCUAGAUGGUUACCUAAUCCAGAAGACAAUUGGGGCCCCAAAUCAAGACCAGGUAAUAAUUCAAAGAAAAAAAAGGUAAAACACAAUAUAUUGUAG